AUGCGGAUCGCUCCGCGUACUGGUGUCGCUUAUGAGAGAUUAGCCCGGGAGCUUCUGAUGAUGGAAGGGAAGGGGAUAUUCGAAAGUGUUAGAAAACUGUCAAUCAUCUUCUCUCCUGAUAUCUACUUGGACGAGAAUCUUUGUCAAAGGAAUGAAUUUCCAGUUUUCAAGCAGUCAAGCUUCCUCGUUGCAUCAAUAGAAAUUAUACUUCGUAACAUCACAAGACUUGAGGUUCUACAGUGCAAGAUUGACUUUGUUGAAGAAAAUCUUAAGCUAAAUUCUCUUCCUCUAGCUAAAGAAACAAAGAUACCAGUGGAAACGCUGAUGGUUUCAUAUGGAUGUGGGUGGUUGCUUUCGCAUCUUGGGCCGCAGAGGCUGCUUAUCAAAGAGUCCAGUAAUAUCAAAUAA